UAAUGACAUAACACUAACAUGACUAACUACGCAAUGAAACCAUUUUGAAAACAUGCACAUGCAAGCAUUCAUAAUGAUUUUUUUUAACAGAUCAUACAUAAUCUUGCGAAACUUAUGUGUUUUUCCAAAAUAAAUGAAAAAUGUUUAUUGACUUUGUAAAAAAAAAUGUGAUAAAAUUUAUUUAGAUAAAAUAUUUCAAUUCAUUUAGAGCAGGAAGUUUAUUGGAAGUGCACCAGUUAUGGAAGACGAAACCAUACCAAAGAGUGUGGAUGAUUUGACGAAAAGCUUACUAAAACCAAGGCACAACAGAUACCCUAGACUGGUCCUCUCUAUCAUUGGUGAUUCAAGCAGCUUUGUACCCAAACCAUGGCUAACACCUGUUUUUCAGUUAGGUUUAAUAGAGACAGCUAAAGGAGCUAAAGAUUGUAUAAUCAUAUACAAGGGAUCCGCAGAAAAAGUUAGCACUUUGGUUUGGGAGGCAGUGGAUGAUUUUAGUGUUGUAAACAAUCAAAAACACAACUCUCAAUCCACCGAAAGUGAGGAUAAUUUCAUUAAUCUGAUUGGUUUAAGGCCAGGUGAAAACGCCAUAGCUAAUAAAAAAAUAAAUGGUAAAUCCGUGGCAGAGAAGUAUUAUGCAAUUGGAGAUGUGAAACAAAAGGAAUACAUACAAUACCAUGCAGACACCCUAAAAAGCAUUGCAAAGCAGUAUGUUCCAUUCGUUGAGCUUGGGGAGGAAUUAACUAUGAAAGUACCCGUUUUGGUUAUUGUGGCGGAAGGUGACUUAGAUACCUUAGAUCACGUGGUUGAAGUACUUAAACGAGAUAUUCCCGUCUUGAUCUUGAAGGGUUCUGGAAAAGCAGCAGAUCUCAUUGCUGAAUGCAUGGAAGAUGUAGAGUCAAUUGAAGCCAAGGCACCCUUAUUGUUUGGGAUAUACUUCCACGAACAAGAUUUCGAUAAGCUUGCGAAUUGUAUGAAAGAAAUUGAAAAACAUAAGCACUUUGUUAACAUACUGGAUCUUAACAAACACGACGAAACAGAAUUUUCAGAUGCCGUUGUCAAUUCAAUAAUAAGAGCAUGGGCACAAGGUAGAAAGAAAGAAGAUGAGAGACCUGUAAAAUCUGCUAAACCUAAGUCAAGGAACACUCCAUAUACAAUUAAGACCGCUGCAGAUGAAAAAUUCGAACUUCUAGAUCAAGAAAUAGCAUACACAGAAUCUGAACAUAUGACAGUUCCUACAGUUGCAACUCCGAAUGAUUACGCAGGUAAAAAGAGUAACUGGAAUAAAUUAAAUGGUGUACAUCCGGUAUCUACGUAUACGGUUACGAGGAACAACAUGAAUGUUACUGGAGAAGUGAAAGAAUUCAUGAAACGUUAUCAAAAAUCCCUUACUCCAGCCUCUCUUCCAUUAUACUUCUACAUUGCUUACCAGUUUAUUCAAGAGAUGUCUGCCAGUAACAAAGAUGUAAAAACACAGAACUUUGAAAUUCUUCUGAAACAAGCUAUAAUAGCUGACAGAGUUGACUAUGUUAAGGUUCUACUACAAGAGGAGAAAGUAGAAUUCGACAGAAAACAGUUUCCAGAUAUUUAUCGCCAGACUAUCAAAUGUGAGUGUAGUAGUAGAGAUGGCGAAGGUGACUGUCAACACAUCUGGUCAAUACUUAUGGGCUCAUCUAGUUCUGUUACGGAACAACUGCUAGAAAACAAAGAAAAAGAAGAAGAGGCAAAAUGUCGGACUUGUAGACAGGCAGGCAGGCAACUAUGUCAACAGUUUUUACAUUACCCUAAAAAAUCAUACAAUAACGAAGACAUAAAGAAUGAAAGGAAAGAUAUUUACCAAGACCUUCUGAUCUGGUCCUUGUUUGCUAACAGACAGGAACUAGCGACGCUAUUCUGGGUGAAAUGUGAAAAUCAAUUACUAACGGCAAUAUUGGCAAGCUGUGUAUUAAAAAAAAUGGCUGCACGAGCAAAGAGUGGAAAAGAUCAGUUCUUGUACGAUGUAAUUAAAGAACAUUCAAGAAUUUUCGAAAAACGAGCUUUAGACUUACAAACAAAACUUUACGCUGAAGACUCUGAAGUGGCGAUGGAUUUGAUGUUAACAGAACAAAAAGUCUGGGACAUCAAAGUCAGCCCAUUAGAAUGUGCAUUUGACAACGCAAUGCUGGAUUUUAUUGCACAUACCUGUGCACAGAGACGUCUGAACAAAAUAUGGUACAAACAGAUCGGAGCAAGUCUUGGUGAUUUUUGGAAGAAAGGUUUCCUGUAUGGAUGUCGUAGAAAUGGUAACGGUAAUUUACGACUUUGCCGAUUUUUUUAUGCACCACUGACUCGUUUUCUUGUGCAUUAUAUAAUAUUCCUCGCUGCAAUGGUAUGCUACAGUGCCUUCCUGUUGAUAGAACUGUCACGAUAUGUAAAUUUACAGUCGAUCAAGGUUUACGAGUGGCUGAUUUAUGCAUGGUUCAUUGGGGACAUUUUUGAGGAAUAUAGAGGAAUUUUACCUUGGAACAAUGACAUUAUUAAAAGCAGAUUUUCAAAAGACGAAAAGAACGAAAAAGCCUUAAGCCAGUCGGUCAAAUACAGAAUUACAAGAUAUUUUUAUGAUUUCUGGAAUUCGCUUGAUUUUAUAUCGUAUUGUAUUACAAUAACAGCUGUGUUUGUAAGAUUUUUAUAUCAGAGUACAACAGAAACGAGCGUUCUUGCAAGACGAUUUUAUAGCCUUAGUUUGUUUACCAUGUAUAUGAGAUUUCUCCAUGCACUUCUGAUGUCAAGAAAACUUGGACCCAAGAUUAUUAUGAUUAAGGAAAUGUUGAAAGAUUUGUUUCGAUUCAUUGGCAUCCUGUUUGUGUUUAUGGUUGGUGUUGGUGUUUUAUAUCAUGCCAAUAUGUAUCCAGCACACUAUGAUAUGUGGAAUACUGGUGGCUGGACAUACUGGAGAAUUUGGAAAAUUAUGUACAUUCCAUAUUGGCAAAUUUAUGGAGAACUUUUCCUUGAUAAGUUUGAAGUUAAUAGUACUACCCCGUGCACUACAAUACAAGACGAAUGGGAAAGUAACCCGGAUAUAGAGAGAUGUAACCAAUAUGACUGGGUCCUCAUUGUUAUUUCUGCAUGUUAUAUGCUUAUAUCCAACCUACUGUUAGUCAAUCUUGUCAUUGCCUUGUUUAGUUACCGUUUUGAAAUUGUGCAAGCUAAUUCUGAGAAAUUGUGGAGAUAUUGGAGAUAUUCUGUAAUCAUGGAUUAUCGAACCAGAGUUCCAGCUCCUCUCAAUUUGAUUGUCAGACCUUUUAUGAUGAUUGCAAAAUGUAUUAAACGUUAUAAACAGAGUUGCAAUAAAGGUCCCGAAAAGGUGGCACAAGAACGAGAAAUCAAACGGAUGGAAAGAUUACAGGAUAUAUGUGCAAACAAAUGCAUCCGUGCAAUAAAAACAUAGUAUUUAAACCAUAUGUCAAUACCGUCGUUCAUACGUAAAUAACUUCAGUAGUUCUCUGUUCAUAAAGUAUGAACAAGCGUGAAACUUUUAUUUUUGGAUUUAUGCACCCUGUUUUAACAUUCCAAGUUCCAAAUAUGACUCUAAAGUGAAAUUCAAUUGUAUUGGUUUGAUUCAUUGUACAAAUGACAUUUGAAGUAUGUUUCUUCUCUAGUUCCAAUAAACAAACUGAGUUAGUGUUGGUGUGUAUUUUGUCUUUGAUUUCUAAUUUAUGUCUGUUUCUUCUCUCAGUCCAAUAUAAUAACUGAGUUAGUGUA